AAAAAAAAAAAGUCAUCCUCUUGCACAGUCUUCCACUGACCAUCUCUCAGAGAGCCAUGUCCUGUUCUCAGAGCCCUGCGGUGGCUUUGCUGCCUUCAUGAUCACUCCCCAACAAAGCUCAUUCCAACAGGCCUCCCAGAGUUGGGUCGUGCCCCAGCUCUCCAGCCUCCCUGUCCCCAUUCCCCCUCUGUACCCCUACUUCUGCCAAACCAAUCCUUGAGCGCCUCCUCAGCCUGCACGUUGCUCCACACCCCAGCCUUCAUACUGCUGGCCUUCUUCCAGAACAUUCUCUCCGCAUCAUCAUGAGUCUCCAUUGAGAGCUCUCCCUGCCACCCCUUCCUGCCCUGCUGGGCCUCUCAUCCCUCCAUCUCAUUAUCGUGUGAAUGGCUAAUGUCCCCUCCUUGACGGGGGCCGUUUCUGAGGGUAGGGACGGGGCCCUAGUGCAGAGACGCUCAGGCAUGUUUAGGGAAGGAAAUCAUCAAGAGACCCAGAUUUGAACCCCAUCCAUAUCACCUCCCAAACCACGUGCCCUUGGCCUCUCUGGGGCUGGAUUUCCUCAUCAGUCCUGCCUGCCCUGCCAGGCUAGUGUGAGCCUCUAAUGAGCCUGUGUUGACAGAUGAAUGCAUUCUUGGGACUACUAAUCAACACACACAAGGAAGGCCAAGAAAAGCCAGGGGUUCUGCCCCAGGGACCCCUCGGCCCCACCCUCUGGCAGCCUGGAGCUGGGUCCCUCUGCCUCUCCCAGGAUGCAGUCAGAGGCCCUGGAAGCUUCUGGAAACUCUUGGCUCUCAUCCCUGCCCCUCCCAGUCCCGCCUCGGCUCCAGGUGUCUAUCUCUCCAGCUAUUUUCUUUUCUGAUCUGGAGUUCAAAAGAACAGAUCGAGGAGCGACAGCCACAGGUAACAAAAGCCGGCAGGGCAGGCUGGUUCAUGUUGGCCCAGCUGUGAGCCUGCAGGGCUGCCCACCGCUCCCUGCUGGGUCCGGGCACCCAGAAAGGAGAGCGUUUGCGUUCUGGUUCUAGCGGCCUCGAUGGCCAAUAUGACUGAGAACAGCAGCUCCAGUUAGAGGCAAGGCCAGUUUGGGGCCAGAGCAGGGGGAGGGAGGAGCCUGGUCUAAUUAGAGCCCUAACGUGCUACUUUGAAAGCAUUUUCAGAUGUCCCAGCCCUGCAGGCUGGUGUAAUAAUAAUAAAACAACAUUUGCAUAGAGACUUCAUUUAUAAAGCACUUUCUCAGGGGUGGGGUGGCGCUGGGGUGGCCCUGUGGAAUCCUGGCUGGGAGGCCGCUCUGCCUUGGGUCGGUGCCACCCUCCAGCCAAGCUGGCGAUUGCGUUCGAGGUAAACAAAGCGCCAUUCAUCCAACUGUUUCCGAUUCCUCAGCGCUUCAUCCUUUUUCCUUCUCUCCCAUGAAGAGCUCACUGGGGCUUGUCACUCAGGCCAGAAAAGGGGUGUCAGGGGUCCCAGAGGGAAACCAAUUCCCUGAUGGGAAGAAACGGGGAGAUGGGACGGCUCCCUCCCUCUGCACACCCCCACCAUCCCCAGCUCGGGCAGAAUAGCAGCCUUGCUGCGGUUGGUUUGCGAAGCUCUUUGCUAACCUGUGGCUGUGUCUUCAUGGACAAAGUAUGAGCCCACGUUUGGUAAUGUCUGCGUGCAUGCCACGUUUGUGCUUGGUAAUGUGCACAGAUAAGCAGUUUGUGAAGCUCUGCAAAUCCCUCCCCACCCGAGAGGGCCUUGUGUACACAGUGUGGGGCAAGGGGCCCUGGGGCGUCUGCCCCUGCACCGGCUGGGCGUGGUGAGGCAGCUGGGUCCCACUCCGGUACAGCCCGGGCUGGAGAGUUGCCUGCCGUCACCUGGCCACUGGCACCCCGGGUAAAAGGGGAGGCAUUGGAUGCUGGCCCCUUAAGGGCCUUUGAUGAGCUAUAUAGGGCCCACCUGCCUGGGCUCUGGAAGCUUCCGCAGCCCUAGCAGGAGAUGGAAGAUGCAGGAAGUCAUUGCCGGACUGGAGCUCGCCUUUGAGAAGGAUGUCGAGACGCAGAAGGGAACUGGGCUCCUGCCUUUCCAGGACAUGGACAGGCCCAGAUUUGGGGGCCCACAGGCCAGAGCCUGGAGGAGGUCCAGAUGGGACAUGCUGAUAGGAGGUGGCGGCUCCCCCACAGCAGCCACCUCUGGGAAAGCUACUUUCUUGGUUCCCUCUUCUGCUUCCAGAGUCGGGCUCAGCUGUGUGCGACUUCCAUUAAGGGCUCUGGAGAAAGGGGCCUCCCAGCCCGGUGCUUUGGCGUCUCCAGGGAAAUUCCGCCCCUUCCAGCAUGACCGAGGGGAGAAGACGCUGAUGUGUAAGCACUGGCUCCGGGGGCUGUACAAGAAGGGUGACCCCUGCAAGUUCCUGCACCAGUGUGACCUCACCAGGAUGCCUGAGUGCUGCUUCUACUCCGCCUUGGGUAAGGCUCUUCCUGGCUCAGCCCCUCACCCUGGAGGGCGGCAGUGUGGGCUGUGAGAUGGGAAGAAGGUUUCUGGAGGAGAGGACACACAGAGGAGGCCAGACAUGUCCCUGGAGGCCAGAUUGACCUGUCUGAGGCUCAGGUGCCUGUUCUCCAAACCCCUAAACAAGCAGAAGUGCACUCCGAAAUCCCUGCCCUUUACUGCCCCACCAGGUUCAAGGUGCGUACCAGUUACCCCCAAAAGCAAAGAGGGAAUUGUUUCUUUCCCAGCCCUGGCUCAUCACACACCCACCCCAACUAUUUGGAAAGUCUCAGAUGAACUAUCUCUCAGGCCUGGGCUAGAACUUCCUGAACAUCAGGCCUUCAGAGCCACAUUCAUGAUGCCUGCUGUGCCCUCAAAGCCCCUGCGGCACUGUCUGCUUUUCUAACUGUCUUGCUGUUUCAACUCUUUCUUUAGAAGAAACUUUGCAUUGUUUCCACAAAUGGAGAACUAGCGUCACUUGUUGGAAAUCAAAGGUAACUGUAAACAUAAAACCAUGAGGUUCAGAAGUCCAGCUCCUAAAAUCAUCUUGUAUGGUCAAGCCCAGACCAGCGUCUUGCCUCCACCUGGCUUCAAGGUGUCCUUUGUCCUUUUAUUUAUUUAUUUGAGACAGGAUCUUGCGCUGUCCCCCAGGCUGGAGUGCAGUGGCA